UUUUUUUUUGUCACGGAAACAAGAUCUUAUAUAAAAAGGGCAACAUUGCGUCUCUUUCCAGCUUAUUAUAAAACCAAAGUUCUCAUGAAUCUAUUAUAUAGAUUAAUUUAUUUAAUUUCAGCAUAAAAACAAGUGCAGCAAAUGACGUGGGCCCGUAGAUGUCUACAAGCACACAUAUAAAAUACACAUGCAUCUUGAUAAUACAUCUUAUUUUACGUAUACUCCAACAAAAAAAUAAUGUAAUUCAAUUAAAGAUGUUCCCUGUUGUAAAAAAUAACAACUUAAGAAAUAAUAAUUUUUAAAAUGAAUCAAUUUUUAAGCAAGAUUUUCUGUAUUAGACAAUUUUUAUCGUUCAGAUAAUUAUGGUUUUGAGAAAAAAGAAAAAGAUUAACACGUUAAUUGUUAUCCAAUAAAAAAUCUGUGUAACAAGAAACCAAAAAAAAAAAAGAAUUAAAAUAAUCAGAAAUAAAUAAAGUGGGAAUAUAAAAAGGAAGGGAGGAAGCAACGAGAAGUGGCGUCCUCUCUUCGAUUUCAACAGCCUCUUCUUCUCUUCUUCUUCCCAAUCUUCUUCCUCUCUUUCAAAUAUAUAUACAUAUAUCUCCCUCACACAUACAUACACACAGCUAAAAGCCAUAGACGCAAUCUCAUCGGGACAGAUUCAAGCGAGCAUUCGUUAAAUCGUUUUGGUUCUCUGUUUUUUAUUUUGGCUUCCUUGGAAAAUUUUCUAAACCGGUGAUUGGAUGGUGAGAGAGCAAGCGGAAGAGAAGAAGGAGGUGAGGAAGGGAAUGCGACUGGGGAAAUACGAGCUUGGAAGAACGCUAGGCGAGGGUAAUUUCGGAAAAGUAAAAUUCGCUAAAGACACCGUGUCUGGUCAACCGUUCGCUGUUAAAAUCAUCGACAAGUCUCGUAUCGCCGAUCUCAACUUCUCCUUGCAGAUAAAAAGAGAGAUCAGAACGCUGAAAAUGCUGAAACAUCCCAACAUUGUCAGAUUACAUGAGGUAUUGGCUAGCAAAACAAAGAUCAAUAUGGUGAUGGAGUUAGUAACCGGAGGAGAAUUGUUCGACAAAAUUGUUUCAAACGGAAAGCUAACAGAAACUGAGGGAAGAAAAAUGUUUCAGCAGCUCAUCGAUGGAAUCAGUUACUGUCACAUCAAAGGUGUUUUCCACAGGGAUCUCAAGCUAGAGAAUGUUCUUCUUGAUGCAAAGGGACAUAUAAAGAUCACUGACUUUGGCCUCAGUGCUCUGCCUCAGCAUUUUAGGGAAGACGGAUUGCUACAUACAACCUGUGGAAGUCCUAACUACGUUGCGCCUGAGGUUUUAGCUAACAGAGGCUACGAGGGUGCAGCAUCUGAUAUAUGGUCAUGUGGUGUAGUCCUGUAUGUGAUUCUAACCGGAUGUCUCCCUUUUGAUGAUAGAAACCUUGUAGUUCUUUACCAGAAGAUAUGCAAAGGAGACCCACCGAUACCAAGAUGGUUAUCACCUGGUGCAAGAACCAUGAUCAAGAAAAUGCUAGAUCCAAAUCCUGUCUCGAGGAUCACAGUCGCAGGUAUUAAAGCCAGCGAAUGGUUCAAGCACGAGUAUACUCCUUCAGUUCCAGAUGAUGAUGAUGACGAAGAAGACAUUGACACAGACGAUGAUGCUUUCUCAGUCCAAGACGUCGGAUCGGAAGAUGGAAAGGGCAGUGAUUCACCGACUAUCAUCAACGCGUUUCAGUUGAUCGGAAUGUCUUCCUUCCUUGACCUGUCUGGUUUCUUUGAACAAGAGAAUGUAUCAGAGAGGAGAAUAAGAUUUACUUCAAAUAGCUCAGCAAAAGAUUUACUGGAGAAAAUCGAAAACUCAGUUACAGAAAUGGGAUUCAGUGUACAAAAGAAAAAUGCAAAGUUGAAAGUAAAGCAAGAAGAACAUAACCAGAAGGGUCAAGUUGGUUUAUCAGUAACAGCUGAGGUUUUCGAGAUAAAGCCGUCACUGAACGUGGUUGAGUUAAGAAAAUCUUAUGGCGAUUCAUCUUUGUAUAGACAGCUGUACGAGAGACUAUUAAAAGAAGUAGGCACUUCCUCGCCGGAACAAGAGCUAGUAACAUAGAAUGUGUUGGUGUUUUCGGCUAAAGAUUAUGUAUAGUCGAAUAAGUAUGGUACACCAACGAUGUUAAUAACUUUUCAUUUAUGUAAAUAGACAAAGAGCUCAGAUUUGUAUAAUUAGUGCGAAAAUUUGCAUUAAUAUAUAGAAAAAAAGUUGGCUAAA